GAUACAUAUUUUUCAAAGUCCUCCUUCUUGGUUCUGUGAACAUGUCGAAAUUAUUACAUAAAAUUGCAAUCGGCACAGCAGCGGCAUCUUUAGGGAUUUACAGCUGCUCCUUUGUGGUCUACCCCGGUGAGGCCUGUAUCCUUUACAACAAAAUCUCUGGGCUCAAGCAUUCCGUCUAUGGUGAGGGUAUUCAGUGGCGGAUCUUAUGGCUGGAUGAUGUUAAGCGCUUUAACAUUCGCAUUCGCCCUCGUACGCUACAAACGAUGACAGGUACUAAGGAUCUUCAGAUGGUCAACAUUCGCUUGCGUGUGUUGUUUCGUCCGAUUACCGAUCGCCUUCCACAGAUUUACCGUACAUUUGGCAUGGACUACGACGAGCGCAUCCUUCCAUCUGUGAGCAAUGAAAUACUAAAGGCGGUUGUGGCUGAAUACAAGGCCGAGGAGCUUAUCCAGAAACGCGACGCUGUCUCAACGCGCGUGUACCAGCUCAUGCAGGAAAAGGUCGGCCAGUUCGGUCUUGUAAUCGAGGAUCUUUCGCUUGUGGACAUCCAGUUUGGGCAUGAUUUCAUGGUAGCUGUUGAACAAAAGCAGGUGGCACAGCAGGAAGCUGAGCGUUAUCGUUACGUAGUUAUGGAGAAUGAGCAGAAGCGGCGCGCGGCUGUUGUACGUGCUGAAGGCGAAGCAGAGUCCGCUCGAUUGAUAUCUGAGGCAAUUCAGCAAUCCGGUCCGGGUCUUCUCGAUCUGCGCCGCAUUGAGGCAGCUGUCGAAGUGGCGAACCAGCUCGCGCCGAUGAGCAACACAACGUUUCUCCCUUCAGGCAACAGCAUGAUUCUCGACAUGUCACAGAGGACCAAGUAAUUUUAUGGACAAGUAUGUAAGGCGUUCUCCCAAGGGUUGCUCGAGAUGUUAGGAAAGGUCGAAAAUCACAUAUACACAUAUCCAUUGGAAUGAGAUGAUUAUACUGAUAUUUUUGAAUAAUUUUUACCGUUUUGACCCAUUGGCGCAUAUUUUAGCUCUCAUGGAUGCUUUACAUUUCAGCGUAGUUUCCCUGUCAGGCAUAAUGCAUAGGAGUCAUGAAGUUAGAGGUGCUAAUUUUUUUCUUUUAACACUUUUAGGAUCGUAUGAAAGCUAUUCAGAACGUAACCAUAUGGAAA